AUGUUUCUUGAAGAUGAAGACUGGAAUGAUGAUAAAGCAAACGUCCCGAGUCCAUCUGCGGCUAAAGCAGACGAGCCUAGCCCCAACGUGAAGUGCAAGGCGAAGGCGGUGGGGAAGAAAAGCCUGAUGCGCACCCUGCAGACGCUGGGCUCUGUGCCGGAGUGGAGCAGCGAGCAGACGCACCGCGGCAGUGACAGCGACGCAGACACUCCUCACACAGACAAGAAGAAGAAGAGGAGGAAGAAGAAGAGGAGGAGGAGGGGGCACGCCGACGCAGAGGAGGGGAAGGAGGCAGAGGAGAGAGAGGAGGCCCCACUCAGCAAGAAGAGCAGAGGCCCAGAGCCAGUGAAGAAAGUGAGCCCUUCAACCACAGACAAACCACAGAAGGAGGAGUCGUGUAAACCAGCGACCGACUCUGCCUCAAAGCUGAGCCGAAAGCAAUGGAAAAACAAGAUGAAAAACAAGAGAAAGGGCAAUAAUAAGUUUAAAGCCAACGCUGUCCCCAAAGACGUAGAGAAGACGGAAACAGACACGAACAGGGAUAUACCCCCCAGCAAAGGCACGGCCAGGGAGCACCGCGAAGGAGGGAUUAGCAAAGAACUUCCAACACGCGAGAGUUUGGAAAUCAGCAAAAAAGCACAAUUGAAGAAAGACAAGCUGCGCAGACUGCUCCAGAGCCCAAAGACUGACGAGGAAGCUGCCGUGGAGGAGGAGGAGGAGGAGGCCGCAGUGGAGGCCCCGGACCCGGACCCCUCGGCCUCUCUGCGGUCCCGGAUGGAGCAGCGUUUGGACGCGGCCCGCUUCCGCUACAUAAACGAGGCCCUGUACAGCACCAGCAGCAAGGAGGCACAGCGCAUGUUCACACAGGACCAGGAGGCCUUCUGGGUCUAUCACCGCGGCUACAGCGCCCAAGUGCAGCGCUGGCCCCAUAACCCUGUCGACCAAAUCAUCCAGUUCAUCAAACUAAAGCCGGCGUCUCUGGUGGUGGCAGACUUCGGUUGUGGAGAUUGUAAAAUCGCGAAGAGCGUGAAGAACACCGUGCACAGUUUUGACCUGGUGGCGACGUCUGAGCUGGUGACGGCCUGCGACAUGGCACAUGUGCCUCUGAAGGACGGCUCGGUGGACAUCGCCGUCUUCUGCCUCUCGCUCAUGGGAACCAAUCUCGCCGACUUUUUAAAAGAAGCAAACCGCGUUCUGAAGAGAGGGGGGUUUCUGAAAAUCGCGGAGGUGUCGAGCCGCUUUGAGAACGUGCGGAACUUCACCACCGCUCUGUCCAGUCUGGGAUUCAAACUGAUGUCCAAGGACACCGAGAACACUCACUUUUACUCCUUCGACUUUUUAAAGACUGGACCAGCUCUGGAAAAUGUGAAAAAGUUUGGACUGGAGCUGAAGCCAUGUUUGUAUAAAAAGAGAUGA